AUGGAUGGGGAUCCAAAAUACUCAGAGAGGGAGACCGCUUGGCAGAACAGUGCCAACGAUUUCCACCCGGCUGUCGUUAUUACAAAUUCAUACAAGGUGGCCAGAUCGGGGACUGGGCGAUCCUUGAUUGCACCAGCAGACCUCGGCCGUAUGGUGGCGUGUGUCACAGCAAUCUGUGGCGAGUGA